UGGGACGAAGAGAGCUACGCAACAUUUUUGGGUAUAAGUAUGAGAGAGCGUUGACUCGAAAAACAGACUGAGCAGCAUUGAGGUAGAAGGUGGAUCGGCUACGAGUGGACUGGACAAGACUCCAAGUUCAGCCUUGCAUGUACGUUCGUGGAAGGGGACGCGACCGUGGUAGAGGAAGGUGGUCUGGCGAUCGGAGGUACUGGAUGGACUAUCAAGCAGUGACCUCGCCAGCCACCGUACCUGCAGUUGGUCAGAAUCUCCCUCCUCAGGCGCUGCCAGCACCGGUACAACCGAACUAUACCUAUCCCCAAUAUGGAUGGGUUCCAGUGCCGACACCUCCGCCGCCACCUCCUCCCCCGCCACCUCCGAAUUGAACUAUGGCCAACAGAAUUACCAGAAGACUCUUCAACGAAUCCCUUUCCCGCUCCAGGGAAUAGGGCAUGGUUCACGAGGGAGCAUCUCGAGCUGAUCAAAAGAUGGAAGGCAAAGGACCAAGAAGAAGCGAAGAAGACUAGUGAGGACUCCAGUGGAAGCAGUAAACAAGGCGCAAAGAAGGGGCACGAUAAAUCAGCGUGCAAAUCGGAGGACGAGGAACAAAAUUUGAAGGCAUGGAUGGCCGAGAAUUUUGGGAGCUCUCUCAGAAAGAUCUCCAAGAAACUCGACGUUGUAGAUAAAAAAGCAAAGAUUGCUGACAUGGAACGUGAGAAGUUAGUCAAGAAGGUGGAAGAGAUCGAAGGGAAGAGUGUGAAUGAGGAGUCAAAUAGUAACGAAAAGAGGAAGCGCAUUGUGGGCGUCAAUUCACCGUCUAUCGAGCGGUCGAGGUCAAAAUCAAGAUCCCGGAGUGGCGGGAUAAAGAUCAGACAACCCAGGAUCGAAGUCUCAUCGGACGACGAAGAGACCAAGAAAGCGGGAAAAGGCGCUACGAGGUGUAGCAACCCGAGCGAAGUAAAAUUGGAAGAUGUCAUGAAGAUGCUAUCCGUCAUCGCGAAUAGGGGACAAGGGGAGAACCCCGUCGUGAACACGAACACACCAGCGACGGACCGGGGAAAGCGUACCACGGUCGAGAACAAGAGUGAGGGCACGACUAGUGAUGAAUCUGAAGAUGAGAGAGACAAGUUGAAGGUCAACCGUGGAUGCAAGAAAAAAGACGACAAGACUGAGAGCGGGAUCGUGGAAUAUAUGAGACAAAGGCUAGACCAUUACAUGGAGAUGAACGGGAAGAAGAUCAAGAGUCUGUGUGCAAAGAGAAAUAUCAAGUGGGUGCGGAAGGAUAAGUGCGCUUGGGAACUGGCAAACAAGACAUAGACGAGUUCUUAAAACUCGUGCACGGUGACAGUGAACAUGAAGAAGACCCUGAACCGGACGACGAAGAAGACGGCGAUCCGGGCUCUGACGCCAACGCCGAUAAUGAAGACGUUGCUGGGCACUAGAUCUCUAGGCGUACUUUACUACGCCUCCUCGGAUGGAUUAGUGAAAAGAUCCCCUCUCUCCAUGGUCAAAUCAGACUUUUAUUUGAAGACGCGUUUAGAUUCGGUACUCUAUUUGCUUGUUUUGCUGGUUUCCUAAGAUGGGGGAAUACGUAUCGAAAAUUCUGGGAACAAAUAGAGUUAACCGAU